AUGCGUCCCAUCCCCCAGACAAGCUACUCAAUCAAAGGUUCCUCUCGCCAAGUGGAACCAAUCAGAGCAUCGGCCUCUGAAACACUCGGGCCCCUGGGUUGCAGAGCCACACCAGAUGGAAUGGAGAGUACGUAUUCCUCUGCACCUCCGUCUCCACCUCCGUCUCUACCUCUGCCCCCAUGCCAACAUGAGGCGCUGUCUCCAGGUUAUUUUCCACCUCCAACCUUGAAUGACCCUGUGACCCGGGACACCACGCCCAGUCAUCUGUCAUUGGAGCAGACCGGGGACAAGCUUUCUGUGUUGGAGGGCAUGAUGUCACACCCCCGCAGGGGCAAGGCUGCCAGGAAGGCUGCAGGAGCUGAGAAGGAUACAGGGGCCAACAAGGGGCCCCUGGCAGAGUCCUGGAGGGUUGUGGAGGACGCUGGAGCGGCUUAUCGUUCAGCCUUGGCUGACGAGCUGGUGACUGGACCUCCGUCUCCACCUCCGUCUCUACCUCCGUCUCUACCGCUGCCCCCAUGCCGACCUGAGGCACAGUCUCCAGGCUCUUCUACACCUCCAACCUUGAAUGACCCCGUGACCCGGGACACCACGCCCAGUCUUCUGUCAUUGGAGGAGACCGGGGACAAGUUUUCUGUGUUGGAGGCCAUGAUGUCACACCCUCAGUGGAAAAUCAUCAACAGGGUCCUGUUGAGAAAGAACAAGAGUGUAGCUGAGCUGCAGGAGCGCUCGGAGGAGGUCAUGGAGUGGGUUCUCAAGUUGACCAAUGGGGUGGUCCUGCCCGCCAUGGCCCUUUACCAGGUCCUCCACAUCCGCAAAGAACAAGAUGGCCGCCCGCUUUCCGCCGCCAUCUCCUACAGCAGCUGGGACUCCCAGAGUGACAGGUCCUCUUCCACAGGGCUGCUGUCCCCAGCCAGGCCUGUCACUGGCUCUCUGACUGGGAUGGUAUGUUUCAACCCUGCUGAAUCUCCCCAGGACCAGGCCUCUUCUCUGGGCUCCACCCAGCCCUACGUCCCCCAGGGCGUUCUGAGAAUGAUCUCAGAGAGGUUCCACCCUCUGCUGAUAGGAGGGCAGGGAUCCAGGCCCCAGAGCAGGCUGCUGGGUGGCAGGCCUCCGAUGUUGGACUCUGAUAGGCCCAAGGAGGAGGACGUCCUCGCCACGGCAUCCCUCACCGUGGCAGAGAUUCUGUUGAAGGUGCAGGCAGUGAUGGAUACACAAGAGCACGAUGCAGAGGACAGGCUGUCAGCCUGUGUGGAGGAGCUCUACAAGUCUGUCAUGGGAGAGGUGCUGGAGAAGUUUGCACUCCUCCGUCCCGGCUGCUUGCUGUCGGACUGCCGCGUGACCAGCAUCUCCGAGGACCUGAUAUGCAACGCCUGGCAGGACGCCAAGGAGAAGAUUCAGGUCCUUGCCAACAGCCACACCAACGCCAUCAACGACCUGGUGUCCCUGCGGGCCUCCUUCCUCAUUGGUAGCGUGGCGGAGGCGGAAGAGAUGGAAAAGGCGAUGGCUUUGCCCAGCUGCGUGAUGUCACCGACCCUCUGCUUCCUGAAGGAGAGCCUCUCUGGAAUCCUGGCCCGCCACGCCCUGUUCCACAGCCCGGGCGUGGUCCCCACGGAGGAGAAGCUGGAGCUGGUUAGGAUGGUGGGGGGCUUACUCCAGGAGAUGGAGCCCACAGAUGGAGGCUCUUCCCUGGACCAGCCCCAAGAGGCCUAUGAGGCCACCCUGCUCCAGAGCGUGGCUACGGCCUGCAACGUGAUCCACAACGUCCUGCAGAACUUCCACGCAGCCCAGCAGCUGAUUGGGCAAGUGGAGGUGGCAGACUUCCUGCAGCCUGGAAGUAAGUCCUUCACCAUGGUGGUGAAGUGUGUUAGCCAGAGCCUGCUAGGAGACGUUGCCAUGGAGCUGGAUGCCCUGUGGAGGACUAGGAGCUUGGUGACCAGCAACAGCAGCGGGAGGAGCAGCAGGAAUCAGGAAUACCUCCCUUUUGACACCCAGCAGGAGCGACCAGUAAAGUGCAGCUGUGCUAGCAAGGAGGAGCAGGAGGAGGAGGAUCCUCAGAAGAAGGAGGAGACCGCCCCUUACUCCUCCAGGAGCACUAGCGCCUGGAGCGAGGCUAGCAGUGCUGCCAGCUGCCAAGACUUCAGCCUCACCGCUGAAAUCAUGCUGGACGCCAUCGUGCGGAUGGCCCACUCGGCCUCCAGAUCCUCCCCCAACGAUGACGAUGACAAACGCGACGGAGGCUCCUCCGUCAAAUCGUUCGACCUGGCGGAGUACGACCUGGGCCGCCUGCUGGCAUCCCACAGCAUGUGCACCAGGAUGUUCCAGGGGAGGAUCCACCAUUUCUCAGAGCAGUUGAUUGGCCGCUUUUAUCAGCUUCUCCUGGACACCCGGAUGGGACGACUCCCCUCGACACCCCAUUGCCCCUCCGAGCCCAACUUCCAGAACCUGGAGGACAAGGAACGUCUGGACCAGGAGCUCUUCACCCCUCUGCUUUACAAUUUCUUCCAGACGGCCUUCAAGGGCCUGAUGGGGAACCUGCUGGGCGAAGAAGACCUCACGGAGGACCACCGUGCAUCCUGCAGCGAUGCGUCCUCGGACUGCAGUGAAAGCAACAGUGACAGCAGCAGUGACAGCAGUGACUGUCCCUCCCUGGACUGGUCCCGUGGGAUGACCCGUGGGAGUCAAGGGGUUGAGGGUAGAAGAAGAUCGCAGAGCAGGUCGAAGCCCUCCUGCAGCCAGGACCAGAGGCGGGCGUUGGAGGCCAUUUGUGAGGUGUUGACUACCCAGGCGGGAAGUGACCUUUACAAGACCUGCAACGACCCACAAGAAAACAUGGUCGUUGUCAGCAAAGGCCUUGAUGCUGAAGCCAAGACCAGGGUAGGUAACUUAGCCAGCUCCUCCUCUGAAGAAAUCAACCAGAAAGUGACAACAAAAGGUCUCGAAACAGAUUCAAUACUCACCAACCAGGAAGUAGGCCAGCUUGACAUGGAUAACUACCAAAAUGCUGCCUACCCUGAUGAUUUCCACAAAAAGGAAGAAGGGUCAGAUUACCAGAUGAAUGACUUUUCCAAGGGUGCAUUGAUCGAGGAAGAGGAGAAGGAUGAAGAUGAUGCAGCUGCAGGCCUCCCUGAGGAGGUCCAGGAUCAUCCCUCCCUACCCACGAGCCCCUCUGAGACCCCCUCCCUCCAGCCCGGGGAGGUUCUGAUCCAGGAGAAGGUCCUGAUGCCCCCCCGGCCCAGCGCCCUGCACCACCAGACGCUGCAUGACCUGCUGCACAGGCUGGUGGGACGCCUGGCCCUCCAGGGGCCCCUUCGUUCCUGCUUCACCCCCACCAACUCGGAGAUAGAGGCUGUCCUCCUCCAAGAAGUGGGCUGGUUUCUCUGGAACCAGGCCGAGAUUGGCCUCGUCCUGGAGCAUGAACCCCAGAACCCGCUCUUCGGUGGCGCCGACGCCCCAGACGCCAUGUUUGAGGCGACCUACGCUGAGCUGAUGCUCUGUUCCGAUAGCAACAGGGCCCAGGUCCACUCCGCCCUCCAGGGAGGGGCAGGCAUCGUCUGCAUGGCUGAGAAUGUCGCCAAGGUGAUCUGCCGUCACGCCGAGGUUUGGCGGCCUUCUGCCGUGUCGGGUGAGAGUCAUGAUUUGGAAACAGGUUGUGAGGAGAAGGAGAGCACAGAGGACUCUGCUGGUUUGGGAAAGGCCGGUGGAAGUUCCAGCCCAUUCAUAAACAACACAAGCUUGGAUGAAGGACUUGAAAUGGACACUGCUGGCUUGGAAAAGGCCGGUAGAAAUUCCACCACCUUCAUCACAAACAUGAGCUUGGAUGAAGGACUUGAGAUGGACUCUGCUGGCUUAGAAAAGGCUGGUGGAAGUUCCAGCCCCUUCAUAAGCAACACAAGUUUGGAUGAAAGACUUGAGAUGGAGUCUGCUGGCUUGGAAAAGGCCAGCAGACUCGCUUCCUGCCUCUCAUCCUCCUCCACUUCCUGCUACUCCUCUUCUUCCACCUCUGUUCACUUCUCUCCUUCGUCCUCCAAAUCCUCCACCAGCUCCUCCACCUCCAGGGGCUCCACGGCUCAGGCCCCUAGCCCAGAGGGACAUCAUUUGGGAAAGACCGACACCCCCAUCCUCCGGAAAUGGUUCGCACUGAAGAAAGAGAAGACUUUCCUUAAGGAUGGACAGAAUGUGGCUGCUAAGGGAAAAAAGACAAGCAAACUAUUCAAGAGAAACAAAGUGUCUCCCCUUAGCACUGAACGUCCAGACCUUGGUGAGUCCUCCAUUGCUGGAGGAGAGGAGAAAAAGAAGAAGAAGAAGAAAAAGUCCUUUAAAGAUUUCUUCCGGGGGAUCUCUGCGGCUCUCUCCGGGGCUUUCUGCUUUGGCUGCGUGAAGGAUAUUCACCAGUAG